AGGGUGUUGACUAUAAUGAAACCUUUUCGCCGGUUCUUAAAUAUUCAACUUUGAAACUGUUGUUUGCUAUUAGUGUUAACUUAGAUUUAAAUAUAAGACAUUUUGAUGUCACAACUGCCUUUUUAAAUGGCCAUCUCGAUGAAACUGUGUAUAUGCAAUUGCCCCAGAAUUUAAAAUGUGAAGCUAAUAUGAGUAAAGUCCUAAAGUUAAAAAAGGCCAUUUAUGGACUCAAACAGUCAGCAAGAGCCUGGUAUAAAAAGGCUGAAAAUUGUUUAAUUGAGCUAGGUUAUAAGAAGUCUGCUUAUGAACCAUGUUUAUUUGUAAAAUGUGACAGUAGUGAUAAAACUUAUAUAGCUCUCUUUGUUGAUGAUUUCUUUGUGUUUUCGAACUGUAACAAAGAUCUGCAAAUCUCCAACGAAGUGAUGCAGGACUUCUACAACUUCUGGCGCGAGGACUACGAGCUGGUGAACCGCGAGAUGGGCUGCGUGCUCAUGUGCAUGGCGGCGCGGCUCGACCUCGUCACCGAGGACCUCAAGAUGCACCACGGCAACGCGCACGAGUUUGCCAAGAAGCAUGGCGCAGACGACACGAUGGCCAAACAACUGGUGACCAUCAUCCACGAGUGCGAACAGGGCGCGGCAAGUGUACCGGACGAGUGUGCGCGCACCCUGGAGAUGGCCAAGUGCUUCAAGACCCGCAUCCACGAGCUCAAGUGGGCGCCGUCCAUGGAGGUGGUGCUGGAGGAGGUCAUCACCGAGCUCAAGAACUGAGCGGCUGCAGCCUCCUUCGUUGCGACUGCUGGAGUCCUCAGAAUAAGGAGUGCGGAGAGGAUGCUGGCUGGUUGCUGGAAGGAGGCGGCGUUUGUGGUUUAAAAUUUGACGACUGCCGGCUUUAGGAAUAAUUUUAAAUUGAAGUCUUUCUCCACCUCCCGUCAGUAUUUUUUUGUAAUGUGGUGGAAGCAAGUGAGUUAAUAAAAAGUUA